AUGCAGCGCUGGGUCAGAGGAUGCGGGCCGGAGACCAGUUCCCAGGCGGUGUCCCUGGCCGAGGGCUUCCUCCUGAGUCGGGCAGAGGACAAGCGGCAGGCAGAGCAGUUUCAGAUAUGGGGGGCGUCUGUGAAGAUGGAAGUGAAGUUCUCUGAGGAGGAAGGAUCUCCUUGGGAGGAGGAGCAGAAGGCGCAGGCCCAGGAGUGUUCCCAAGAUGCCGUCUCUCGUGUUUUAGUGAUUAAAACCCACAGAGGGGAGAAACCGUUUGACUGCUCAGAGUGUGGAAAGAGAUUUAGUCACAGUGGCAGUUUUCAAAAGCAUCAAAGAACCCACACAGGGGAGAAACCUUUUGAAUGCUCAGAGUGUGGAAAGAGAUUCAGUCGGAGUGGCAAUCUUCAACUGCAUCAAAGAACCCACACAGGGGAGAAACCUUUUGAAUGCUCAGAGUGUGGAAAGAGAUUCAGUCGGAGUGGCAAUCUUCAACUGCAUCAAAGAACCCACACAGGGGAGAAACCUUUUGAAUGCUCAGAGUGUGGAAAGAGAUUUAGUAUGAGUGGUGAUCUUCAAAGGCAUCAAAGAACCCACACAGCGGAGAAACCUUUUGAAUGCUCUGAGUGUGGAAAGAAAUUUAGUCUGAGUUCUAAUUUUCAAAGGCAUCAAAGAACCCACACAGGGGAGAAACCUUUUGAAUGCUCAGAGUGUGGGAAGAGAUUUAGUCAGAGUGACAGUCUUCAAAAGCAUCAAAGAACCCACACAGGAGAGAAACCUUUUGAAUGCUCAGAGUGUGGAAAGAAAUUCAGUCAGAGUGGCAAUCUUCAAGAGCAUCAAAGUACCCACACAGGAGAGAAACCUUUUGAAUGCUCAGAGUGUGAAAAGAGAUUCAGUAGGAGUGGUGGUCUUAAAAUUCAUCAAAGAACUCACACAGGGGAGAAACCUUUUGAAUGCUCAGAGUGUGGAAAGAGAUUCAGUAGAAGUGGCAGUUUUCAAAAGCAUCAAAGAACCCACACAGGGGAGAAACCUUUUGAAUGCUCAGAGUGUGGAAAGAGAUUCAGUCAGAGUGGCAAUCUUCAAGAGCAUCAAAGAACUCACACAGGGGAGAAACCUUUUGAAUGCUCAGAGUGUGGGAAGAGAUUCAGACAGAAUUCCAGUCUUCAACUUCACCAAAGAACCCACACAGGAGAGAAACCUUUUGAAUGCUCAGAGUGUGAAAAGAAAUUCAGUCAGAGUGGCAAUCUUCAAGAGCAUCAAAGUACCCACACAGGAGAGAAACCUUUUGAAUGCUCAGAGUGUGAAAAGAGAUUCAGUAGGAGUAGUGGUCUUAAAAUUCAUCAAAGAACUCACACCUUUUGA